CACAGUUUUUUUGUUAUAAACAAUUAAAGGUGCGAACCCGCGGGGAACCACCACAGCCUCCUUCAUCCGGCAGCAACUGCUUUCCCAAACCCAAACCACUGGCAAUUUUCCGGUCCUCCAGGGUGCUUGGACUACUGCAGAGGCACUCGAAUUCGUCGCUGGCCACGCCGCCAAGUGUAAGUCAGGUAGAUUUUUACCAAUUAUGAGCUCUAUGAAGGUACACAAUGACAGUCGGAACAGAUGUUGACUUCAGCAAAAGAGACUUCGCCCUCAGCACAGAGUGCAUGGAUCCUAUCAUUGAGUCGCCCAAAAUCAGCUGCGGAGGGGAUGUCACGCCCAUUCGUCUACCAUCGAAGCCCAGAGAUCAUAGCGGAAUACUAAAAAGCGUAAAUUAGUUGCGACUCCGAAGCCUAUUCCCACACGAAACUGUUCGGAGAAGAUGCCCAUUCCCGAUCAAAAUGGCUUCAAGGGAAACCCAGUAUAUGAGGAAUCAAAUAGUGACAUAAAAGAAGUAAAACAUGAGCAAAAUACAGAAACGGCAAUCUAAUUCUUAA